GUUGCGUGUGGCUAGACCGUGUAUUCUUCGAUCAUGUUCCUGAGUUCCUGUCAAGUGUCGGCCUUUUGUAUUGUAGAAUCCCAUUACAAAUGUUAAUAAAUGUGAUUUAAAUAAUACUUUGGGAAACAAAUGUAAAGAAAAGGUAUAUUAUAAAUAUAUCUAAUGUUAGCAUACAUUUUAUGCAGAAAAAAUGAUAAAGUUCAAACAGAAGAAUAGUCCAUUUGAUACAGCCCUUUAAACAUUCUCUGGAUGGAAAUCUGUUAACACUUUCCUGGUUGCUUAACAUCUAUUUCUGCUUACCAAUUUUAUGAGCAAUGGCAGAAAAUAAUAUAAUAUGUGGCAAUUCCUGGAGACAAGUGGCAGAAAGUGAAGACGUAGAUACGCGUCAGUUAACUUCAAAUAGGAUUGAGUCAAGCACAUCGCAGCCGUUCAUCCAAGAAGAUCGAAGGAUUCCUAAUGUCCACACGUAUGAAGAGGAAAAAAUGCGAAGAAGACUUCGAUUUUUCUUUAUGAAUCCAAUUGAAAAGUGGCAAGCAAAACGAAGAUUUCCAUAUAAGUUUAUGGUACAAAUAGUAAAAAUUAUUUUAGUCACCAUACAACUGUGUUUGUUUGCUCACAACAACUAUAUACACGUCAAUUAUACUUGGGACAAUCGAAUUGCUUUUUCACACCUGUUUCUCCGAGGAUGGGAUGCCAUUCAAGAGGUUCCAGCAUAUCCACCAGCUGCAGGUCCCUUGGCUCUUUAUAAAAAAGAUGAAUUUUAUAAAAGCAUAGAUUAUGCUUUGGAUGGUUAUUAUAAUUUAGCCAACGCCGUUGGAUCGUACUCUUAUAUUUCAGAGGAUAAUACCAGAGCGCCUGUGAGCCUGUGUUUGCACAAUUACAAAAAAGGCAUUAUAUUUGGUUUUAACGAAAGUUAUAUAUUUGAUAAGGAAAUAGAAGAAGUUUGUGUAAAUAUAACGCACAAAUACUUGAAGAAGUUUUCAUCCAUUAAAUUUUUAAUGGAGCAAAAUGUAAGGGUUAACUUUUCAUCUUUAAUUACGGCAGAACUAAUGUUUUCUAUUAAAACUGUUAAUUUGAAAGCUGCCGGGCCUAUAACUCCACCCGAUUGUUAUUUAUUUAAAAUCAAAAUUAAUUUUGAUAACAGUGACUUCGACGGUCAAAUGCUGCUUUCUCUGGAUACAGAACCCAGAAGAUUGUUGUGUAAAGGAAAUACGCAUUAUUUUUCUAAUAGCCAAAUCGAAUCAGCCCUAAGAACGUUACUCAAUUUGUUUGUCAUUCUUAUAUGUACUUUUUCGCUGGUAUUAUGUUCAAGAGCAAUAUAUAGAGCGCAACUUCUUAAAUAUGAAACUAUGGCCUUCUUUAAAAAAACAUAUGGGAAAGCCUUAAGUCUAGAUGGGAAGCUUGAGUUUCUAAAUCUAUGGUACAUUAUGAUAAUUGUUAAUGAUCUUUUAAUAAUAGUUGGUUCUGCAGUUAAAGAACAGAUUGAAAGGAAACAUUUUGGAAACGAUCAUUGGAACGUAUGUAGCAUAUUUCUUGGAACUGGAAACUUAUUAGUUUGGUUUGGAGUUCUAAGAUAUUUAGGUUUUUUUAAAACCUAUAAUGUUGUUAUUUUGACAUUGAAAAAAGCUGCACCUAAAGUGGCUCGGUUUUUAAUUUGUGCUAUUUUAAUUUAUGCGGGAUUUACAUUUUGUGGAUGGUUAAUUUUGGGACCAUAUCAUAUGAAAUUUAGAUCACUUGCUACAACCUCAGAAUGCUUAUUUGCUUUAAUAAAUGGUGAUGAUAUGUUCGCGACGUUUUCUAUGUCAUCAUUCAAAUCACCAAUGCUUUGGUGGUAUUCACGAAUUUAUCUGUACUCAUUUAUUUCAUUGUAUAUUUAUGUCGUUCUCAGUUUAUUUAUUUCUGUAAUUAUGGAUGCAUACGACACGAUUAAGGUCUACUAUCGGGAUGGAUUUCCAAAGAAUGAUUUACAGACUUUCAUUGCAGUUUAUACAGAAGAAGCCUCAAGGGAUAUGUACAACGAAGAACCUGAAAGUAGUAAAUUUGGAGAAUUACUUGAUAAGUUGUUAUGUUGUCAAAAAAGGCCGUACAGCCCUCUAAUAUCUACCAGUACAACUCCUAACAAACCAGAUCAAUUAUGCGGUGGUGCUAUUUGUAUUUGACAAAAUAAAAAAUUCAGAUGCACUAAAAGGCUGUUAAGUGCUCUAAAAGUCUAAA